GAAGGCGUUCUUUCCACCACUCUCCGCAAGAUCUCCAUCUUACGCAUGCUCGCUUGCGAUCCUCACAUCGUCAGGUUGAUGGAUGUUAAGCAAGGACUGAGCAAAGAUGGCAAAACUGUGCUCUACCUGGUGUUCGAGUACAUGGACACUGAUGUCAAGAAGUACAUCAGAAGUUUCCGUUAAACCGGAGACAACAUUCCUCCCCAAAUCGUCAAGAGCUUGAUGUACCAACUCUGCAAAGGAAUCGCAUUCUGCCAUGGCCACGGUGUGCUGCACAGAGAUCUUAAGCCUCACAAUCUCUUGAUGGAUCCCAAGACGAUGAGGCUCAAGAUUGCAGAUCUUGGUUUAGCCAGAGCCUUCACUCUCCCUAUGAAGAAGUAUAACCAUGAGUGGGUAUUGAAUGCUAGAAGCUCUAUAUUCA